AUGGUCCUGCUCAUUGAUAUCAACUCAACUCCUCCAGAAGAGGAGGAUGAUGUAGGGAGGGUUCUGGAUCUGAACUUCAGUCCACAUACUCCACAAGAACAAGAACAAGCUGCUCAGCCAGGUCACAUUCCAGACCAACAAGAACAAGAACAAGCCACGGAGCUAGAACAGAAUCCAGAACAAGAACAAGAACAAGAACAAGAACAAGAAGAACGUAAUUUGCAGCGGAGCCGUAAGGAUGUGCCAGAGAGAAGCAAAUUUGCCUCAUAUAUUGCAUUGAAAGCUUUAGGCAAAGAUAGACCUGUUGUGAAGGCAGAUAAAGAAAAUGUGGCUCAACUCUUGGGAAUAAGUCUUUGGUCAGUCGAGAAGACAUGGAAGAAGGCAAUGGAUCAAGAGGCCAGGAAUGAAGUGGUUGAUUUCUCCAAUAAUCGGAAGAUGUGUGGAAGAAAGAGGAGAGAGCUUAAUCGGAAGAUGUGUGUCAAGGCUACACAAGCAAAGAAAGCAUCAAAGAUAAAAGGAAGAUCCCAAUUAAUUGUGGAUAAUGACCUAGUUAUCACAGGAAAAGAAUAUGCCACAUGGUUGGAGGACUCAUCAAGCAUUGUCCGUCCAAAGCGACGAGUCAAGAUUAAAAAACUUGAUCUCAUCCGGGAAAGACAAGUAAGCGAAUUUGAAGUUGCAAUACAAGAAGAGAAGCCUGAGGAGGAGAAGCGGAAGGGAAAACAACCAAUAAUACAAGAGAAGCCUGAGGAGAAGAAGGAUUCUUAUUCACUUACCCUGAUGUGUGCAUUGGAUACAAGUCCUUACAAGAGCAAUUGUUCACUAAGACACUGA